GAGGGAUGGAGGUAGGGACUCCUCUACGACCUCUCAGCCUGCCACCUCGCCUGGGGAGUCUCUACGUUGGAACAGGAACAGGGGAUGUGGAGAGGUGUGUGUAUCCCAUCUUCGCUGGCUCCAGUCUCUCCCCCGCCAGCCUGCUGUCACUCAAACCAGGUCAGUUUAGUUCAGCGGUAACUCUACUAGAGUACUACUGCCUAAAGAACAGCUGGGCACUACCUGAAUACUACCUCUACUCAACACCGGGACAAGAGGGGAAGCUAAUGCUCAUAUACAAGGUCGUGAUCUCGUCGACGAGAAGCAGCUUCAUGCCAGACAGGGUGUGUACGGUGUUGGAGGACGCUAAGGAGCUGGCAGCACAGAACGCACUCUGGAACUUGGACUGUUCCUUCCUCAACGGUAGCUCCCCCGGUUCGCUCUCUCCUCCUCUUCCUCCCGUCCCCUACGGUUCUCUCUCUCCUCCUCCUGUCUCCAACAGCCCCGGUCUCCUCUCAUACGGCUGUACCAGAGCCUUCCCCUACCCUCUUUCUCCCACCACCCCACAGAGACUCUAUAUCCCCCCUAACCAGAACCCUGCCUUCUUCUGAUCAUCCCUCCCAUCAUCACUCACUGUGGGAGAGGAGGGAACAGAGGGAAAGAGGAGGGAGGUGGAGGUGAACAACCUCCACUAUGUGCCUAGUUUGUUACUGAGGCAUUUUACCUUUGUGUUGGAUGUUUGGUUGGUUUAGUUUUUUGGGUUGUUUGGUUUUCAAAAGACGGCCAUUUUGUAAUUCAUAUGUUAAGUUGACUCAUGAAGGGCUGCAUUCAUUCUGCUCACAGUGUUACUCUAUGCAGCAGAGGUGCAUGCUAAGUGGGAUCCUUCGGACGUCUAACUCUGACGUCACCCCAUUUGAAGUUGACAUUUAAAAUGGUUACGGUAAGGGUUAAGAAGAGGGUUAAGGUAAGGGUUAAGAAGAGGGUUAUGGUUAAGAAGAGGGUUUUGGUUAAGGUAAGGGUUAAGAAGAGGGUUUUGGUUAAGGUAAGGGUAGGGUAGGGUUUAGGGUAGGGAUGUCCCAAGGGUCCCACAUAGCAUCUACCCAAACCCCAUAGGUAAGGUAAACAAGGGAAUUAUAGAUCAAACUGAAGAAAACUUCAUUUACUUUAGCACUUAUUUCAUAUCUUGGCAAUAAUGAUACUUGAAUAGUAUUGACUUUUGACCAUAUGUAUUUAUAAAACAUGAUUUAAAUAUUUUAGUGACUUUUUUCUGACUUACAUGUACUGUAUUUUAUUAUUUUUUGUAUUUUUUGUCAUCCACCUAUUAUGCUUUAUCGCAGUAUAUUUAGGUUCUACUGUAUCGUAUAAUGCUCAAAUAUUCAAAUAUCAAACAAUGUCAAAAUUCUGUCUUCUAUUUUGUUAUUCAAUUAAUUAUUUAUUUAUUAGCAGCUGGUGAUUUUGAACAAGGUGAAAUCAAGUGGGCAGAUCAUAUCUAAAUGGAUAAGCGAUGUGUAAAGACAAUCCAAAAUGGCUCCGCCGCAUAAUAUAUUUAUUGAGAUUUAAAUAUUGAAUAUUAUUAUUAUUAUUAACAUUAUAAAACAUAGCGAUCAUCAACAAGACAGCGUUGCCUCUCCUCCUAAAUAUUAACUUUUAUUUUUCUUUGUCUUUUUUUUUUAUUUUUUUUUUAAUGUCAUUUAGAGUUUUUGUCAAAAAGUCAUUUAAAAGAAUACUGUGGGAUUUUAGCAUCGAGGCGCUUUAUCUACUUCCCCACAGUCAGAUGAACCAUUUUUUAUGUCUCUGCGUCUAGUAUGAAGGACGCUAAGAGGUAGUUUCGCGAGCCAAUGCUAACUAGCGUGCUAGCAUAUACCCAUAGACUUCCAGUGGUUGCGCUAGUGCUAGUUAGCGACUUUCUCCAAACUGCAUGCAGAGACAUGAAAAUGGUAUCUACAGAGUUCAUCUGACUCUGAGGAAGUAGAUAAAUAAAGAAAUCCAGAAGUAUCCUUUUAAAUGAACAAUAGUGACAUGUACUGUACCGGUGAUACCGGUCCAUAUUGUCUCUCCAGUUGGUUUAGUUGAUCACCGGGAACACACACACACAAUGGUAAAUAAAUUCAGGAAGUUGAAUAAUUUUUCUCCAGCAGUUGUUUUGUUUAUAUCGAUGUUGUUUACACUGGGUUGUUAUGGUUUCCUCCCAUGUUGUUCUCAUGAGGUGCUCAGUUUUUUGUUGAGUGCGUUCUAAAUGGAACCCUAUUCCCUAUAUAGUGCACUACUUUAGACCAGGGCCCUAUUCCCUAUAUAGU